CCAGCACCACUGUUGCGGAGCGCUUCAGCACCUGGCCUAUGCGCCAUUCGCUUUCAGACUCGAGUCCUAAUCGGAAGCUCGUGCAGCAGCGUCUGCUCGGCUGCGUGCUGACACAUAUCUGGACACGUCGGCAAUCACGAUUGCUUGUCGCCUUGUCGGCCGGGUGCUGACCACCUUCUCGGACCGAACGGGCUCUCCUUCACCCAUCAGCCACUGGCUCGAAGCUACGUGAAGCAUGUCACUGCUCUCUCCCAUUCACGAGCGACUAGUCUCGAGGAGCCCGGCACUGGUGCAGGACACAGCGACAGCGACAGGUUGGACUUUGCUGGAUUAUGUCGCUGCUGCAGGCUUGGGUUGGUACGUGGUGAUAUGGAGCAUCUCCAUCCUCGGUCUGCGAAUAGCCAAGAGGCUCUACACUCCUCCUAUUCCCACAUCGCCCCUCUCUUCGCUGCGAGCAGGUCAGCGGACGCCAAGCUCCGGGGUGGAAAGUGCAACGCCCGCAGCGCCAGGCGUCUCCAUCCUUCGACCCCUUGCUGGCCUGGAUCACAACCUUUGGUCAAACCUGGCUUCGUCUUUCGAGCAAAGGUAUCCAAAAGACUCGUUCGAGAUCAUCUUGAGCGUAAAAGAUGAGCAGGAUCAGGCAUUGGAAGUGGCCAGAGAUGUGGUUGCCAGGUAUCCGCAAGUGCAGAGUCGCAUCGUCAUUGGCGACGAGGAAGCAGGAGUAAAUCCAAAGAUCAACAAUCUGGUCAUUCCCUACAGCCUGGCCCGGUUCGACAUCAUUUGGGUGCUGGAUUCCCAAUGUUGCCUCUCUACGACGGCGCUAGGUCGAGCAGUGGACGCUCUGACGCACUCUACGCCUCCCGUUCCCUCUCCGCGCUUCCUUCGGCGUCUCUCCAUCUUUGGCGGCUCAGCCUAUGCACGCACAUCCGGCUCCAACGCCAAGGUAGGAUUGGUUCAUCACGUUCCUCUCGCCACUUCCGCUUCGAACAAUUGGGGCUCGCAAGUGGAACAGGCUUUCUUAUCCACCAAUCAUGCGAAAAUGUACCUCGCUCUAAACGCGCUGGCCAUCGAUAGCUGCGUCAUGGGCAAGAGCAACUUGUACAGGAAGAGCGAUUUGCAACGAGUGCAAGACGAAUUUUUCGGUGUGGAUGAAGGAGGUACUGGAGGAGAAUCAGGCGCUAUUGGGAGCAGCGCUUUCGAAGCGGACGCUGUUCGCCAUGCGGCCUCGUCCCUUGGCUCGUCCACGGCCAACAACGAUUCAGGACCAGCAGGAUCGCAGGAAAUGGGCCUCAACGCUUCGGUCUCAAAGACGACGUCUAGAGCCCUGGCUCGCUUCUCCAUCUUUUUGGCAGAGGAUAAUAUGCUGGCUCUCUCCCUAUGGCGUCCACCGUUAUCGCUGCACCACGUAGUCUCGCCAGGCGAUGCUGUGUGCACCUCUGUGGGUGGCAUGAAUAGUCUGUGGACGUACGCGAGCAGACGAAUGAGGUGGAUAAGGGUGAGGAAAAGAAUGGUGCUGGCUGCGACCAUUGUCGAGCCUUUUACAGAGAGCAUCGUCGCCGGCUUGGUAGCUCUCUUUUCCCUGAGAAGACUGCUGCGAGCUUCCUCCCACCUGUCCGCGGAUCGCACAGAAGAGAAUCACCUCAACGCCACCAAUGUCUGGUCUGUCGUGUUUUUCUUGACGCAUGAGCUGGCUUGGCAUACGAUCGAUGCGGCUGUCAUGAAGAGCUUGAGAAGAGGAGAAAGUCUACCACCUGACCAAAUGCCAAGAUUCAGAAUAGCUUGGAUCAUCAGGGAAUGCCUCGCCCUUCCCAUCUGGAUCUGGGCAAUGUGCGGCAGUACGGUCACUUGGAGAGAUCAGAGGUUCAGGAUUUUGCCCAACGGCAGAGCGGCACACGCUGCUGCUAGCCCCACGCCCUUCUCUUUCGCCGCGUCUUGGCUGGGCCUCCCACGUCGUAGCAAGAAAAACUACUCGAGGCUCGACAACGACUAAUUGAUGGCACCUAGCCGCGAGCACAACUGCACUCCAAAGCGCUCCUGUCUUCGCGCCGAUGAUGUUUGCCGAGGCGAGCACCACUGACAACGCUGUAUCAAUAUCAUCUCUUCAUUUCACCAACGUGAUUUCAUGAACAUAAGAAAAGAAAAGACGAUGGUGGACCUUACAGGGCGAUCGAGGUGCGCGGGACUCGUGUGCGCUCUACUAGGAAGAUCGCAAGACUAGUGGGAGCACGUAGAAGGCUGUUUGUACCGUCGAUCAUCCAUCGUCUUCCGGCUUUGGUCGCUUUCGUCCACCUGACGAGCGACUGCGGCAAAUGCGGAGAGAACA